GAACGGACGCCGGACACGCUGUCAAAAAAUUCACCGCCGACAGACAUUUGAAGCAAAAUGGUACACAUUUAAGAAUGUCAAGAAAAAUAAGGGUAAAUAUGGGCAAGAGCGAAAAAUGUAUUCAACGUCUCAAGAAAGACUUGUUUUCGAACACGACACCAUUAUUUGAUGUGGAUAACAUAUAUUUAUCGCCCCAUCGUGUUUUGAAUCAAAAUGGUACACGUUUAAGAAACUCGAGGAAAAUAAGGGGAAAUAGGGGCAAGAACAAAAAAUGUAAUCAACGUCUCCGGAAAGACUUGUUUUCGAACACGGCACCUUUAUUUGAUGUGGAUAAUGUAUAUUUAUCGCCCCAUCGUGUUUUGAAGCAAAAUGGUACACGUUUAAGAAAGUCAAGGAAAAUAAGGGUAAAUAGGGGCAAGAACAAAAAAUGUAAUCAACAUCUCCAGAAAGACUUGUUUUCGAACAUGACACCAUUAUUUGAUGGGUUGGAAUUUAUCUUUGAGGUUAUGGACUGCCCCGAUAGAUAUCGUGUAGUUUGCGCUCAGCUUCAGCUCACUGGUGAUGCUAGGCUCUGGUGGAAUGCCUACUGGAGCAUGCGUCCCGGUGAAAAAGCGGGUUGUACGUGGGACAUGCUCAAGGAGCUAGUCCGCGAAAAGUGCUACCCCUCCUACUAUCAGGCAGAGAUAGAGCGUCAGUUCUUAGCGCUCCAGCAGGGCACUCGUACAGUUGAUGAGUACGAGCGAGAGUUCACUAGAGUUGCAGCUUUC